AUGCAGAGCGGGGGAGGAGGGCGAGCUACUCUUAAGGGGGGCAGAGCAACGAUCCGAGCAUCUUUGCCUGAGGGCGGGGCUGAGACUGAGAGCAACGAGGGCACUUGGUCUACUCCGAGUGUUUGUGGGCGGGGCUCGAGCGUGAGGUCUUCUACUGGGGGCGGGGCUGAGUCAGUUGCCCCUCUCAGACUGGGGUUCAGGAGUGUGGGCUGCGCGCUGGAUUCGGGGGCUGGGGCCCCAGCUGUCGGACCCGCCGAGACCCUCUCGAGUAUCGGUGUAGGAGGGCGCACGAGCCCGCUUGGGGUCUCUGCUUUGAGCGGAGCAGAACCACGCGCUGUCUUCGCCCCGGGCGCCGAGGCCGGUCUCCUCUUCACCAUGCCUUUUCUUGAAAAAGAGGAAAACAGUGAACCUAUGUUGAUGAAAAAUGAAACACGCCUACAAAUCUUAAAGAACAAGGAGCAGAGAAAGAGACUUGUUCAUGAAAUUUGUACUUUUUUAGAUAGCAGCCAGUCUGUCCAAGAAAUUGAUGCUUUAAGGACAGAAAACAGGAAAUUAAAAAAUGCGAACUCAAGGCUUCGCUAUAAGACAAAGGAUUGGGCAUUAAAGAAAGAAGAAUAUGAAAAUGAGAUUGAGAGGCUGUCUAGUGAGAUAUCAAAUUAUUUAAAUGUCACCAAUUUUUGGUAUCAAGACACAGAGCUUCUUAAUGAUGAGCAUAAUAAUAUACCAAGGGAACAGGCAAACAAUGUAAGCACUCAGACAGAGGGCGCCCUUGGACCAGUAAAAAGCGUCUCUGUGAGGAAUGUUACAACGCAGACUGGAGAAGAUGAUACAAGACACACAAGUGAAGAACUCUUAUCACAGGAUGAAUAUGAACAAUAGAAGAGCAGCUAACUAUUUUUAAAGGCCUGGACAACAGAUUGUUUUAUGUUGUUUCAAGUUUGUCUUCUCAUUGAAUUACUCGAUUCUAUGAAUGAAUUAAAGAGACGUUAUCUCAGUUCUUUCAAAUUAGUGUAAUUUUGGUGAAAUGUUUAUGGGGAGUAGCUCUUAAAAUAUUGAUUGUCAGUAUCAUGUAGUGGACAGAAAGCUGACUUUAGAACCUGAAAGAUUGGCAUUCAAAUCCUGUUUCUGACCCAUUGUCAGUGUUUUAGGAAACUUUUUUUUGGGGGGGGGUAGGCAAUUGGGGUUAAGUGACUUGCUCAGGAUCACACAAUUGGAUUUGAACUCAUGUCCUCCGGACUCUAGGGCCAGUGCUCCAUCCACUGCCACCUAGCUACCCCUUCUAGAGUACUCUUUAAGAUGAAGUUGCAGAGAAAGUACCAACUUGCUUUGGUAGAAUGAGUUUCUUUUCUUGGAAUUCCUUAAGUCAUUGAGCUCACAGGUCCAUUCCCCAUCACUAAAUAGUACUCUAAAAUAUGUAAUUUAACAGGCAUUUGUAGAAAAUCUCUGCAUCAUCUGGUUAGAGCAAGAGUGAAACAACAGUGAAAUUUUAGAAGAUGGUUUUUUAUUAACAUUUUAAUUUAAAGUUUUGAGGUUCAAAUUCUAUCACUUCUUCCUUCCCUCCUCCCCACCCAGGCAGUAAACAAUCAGAUAUAGGUUAAACAUGUGCAAUUUUUAAAAACAUUUCCAUAUUAGUCAGAAAAUGGAUUUUACAAUAAGAAAAUAUAAUGUGCCUCUAUAAAUACAAGAUACUCGAACCACGUAAGUGAAAAAGAGAUCAGUAUAUUUUAUUAUUUCCUGCUAUUAAAAAAUAAAUGACAGAGGCCUCAGUACUUAGGUGAUUGAUUGAUUAGCAUUCACAUUUUGGCUCAGCAGAAUAUAAGUAUGAACUGCAGAAAAUGAAUCUAGAAGUCUCAUAAAUGUACUUUUAGAUAAGUGAAAACUCUAUGUUUUACAAGAAUGAGAAAUAAUGACUAUAUGUUUCCUCAUUUAUUUUUGGUGUCAAAAGAGCCCCAAAUGGCUUAUACAAAUAAAUCCAGGCCUUUUUAUUCAGACACUGGGGAAAUAUAUUUCUAGAUUGUUCUAACAUAGAGUACUAUUCUGCUAUGAGCCAGAGGGAUGUGCUGCUUAGAAAGUUUUCAGAAAUGACUGUUUUAUUUAAAACUAGCUCUGUCAGCUGAAGAGCAGGAAUAGAACAAGAGCAGACUUGCUGAAUGAGGAUAAGUUAGAGUUGGGAAGCGUUUUUUCCAUCAGUACUCCCAGAGAGGCCACAGUAUUCCCAAUGCCAGUAAGAACUUCAGGCUUGAUUGACCAUUUAUUUGCAUCAGAAACACAGAACACUAUUGGAACACAGAGACAACUAAUGUCCUAGUUUCUUGCCAGUUGCAAUGAAAAUGCAAAUUAUUUUUGUGUGUGCCUGUUUAAUGGUGUGUGUGUUUAUACCUUAGUUUUCUUAUUUGUCAAUCGAGGAUAAUAGCUUCUGUGCCUACCUCACAGGGUUAUUGUGAAGUGCUUUGAAAAAUGUAAAUUCUAUGUAAAUGUGUGGGGGAUAUA